UAAAUUCUUAAAAUAUGGUUUAUUUCUAGGUGUUGCUUGUUGUUCUGGGGUCCUCCCUGACUGCCCCCCAAUAUAAUAACUAUAUGUACUCUUCCUAUCCUGGACAUGCUAAACCAUACUACUCCAACUACAUAACUUCAAAGUAUUAUGCUCCGCAACAAUUUAGGAACUAUGGCCCAGCUCUCCAAUUUAAUCCAGCAGCUUCUGUUGCUUCCUAUCCUUCUGCUGCCUUAAAAAAGAUAGAUGCUGGACCUCACAGCUCUGCUAGUGCAGCAGCAGCUUUGGCUUAUAUGAAGAAUUCUGACAACCAGGACAUUUGCUCUAAGAGUAGUCUUUCCUUCCUUCAGGAGAUUGUAAAUGGAGGAACUACUGAAUCAGCUACUGCAGUUGCUGAGACUGUUUACAGAUCUGAAUAUAACAAGGGAUCUCGACCAACCCCUGGUUCUCCUUGUCAGCUAGCUGAAGAUGCAUGGAAGACUGCUGUGUCCAAGGGAAAGAAUCCAGUUCUAGAUGCUGCUAUUGCUUUCAUGGAUAACUGGCAAGGCAUGAAAGAAGGAAACCCUUGUGCUGUUUCUGGACGCGCAUUUGUUACUGAAGUACUAAAGGGAUCCAGUGAGGCUGAUGCUCGAAUUAGUGCUGCCAAGGGGUUCUCUGGUGCACUAAAGCAGCUUUCUGCAGAAGGCAAGGAGCUAAGGGAUCCUGCAUGUGCUGCUGCAACCAAGGCAUUUUACCAAGCUCUACCUACCAAACCCUCUGUUGCCAAUGGAAAAGCUAUGAUAAAGUUUGUUGAGCAAGCUUUCUCUGGAUCUAGUUUUGAAUAUGAUCCUGUUUGCUGGAAAGCAGCUGAAGCUUUCAUUGACUCCUUUGCUGCCGGUAAUACUGAUAGCACAUCUAAUCUGGCAGCAGCUGAAGCAGUGUUCACUGAACUGACCACCAAUGGAGCUUCUGGGAUUCCUGCAGAUUCACCAUGUGUUGCUGCAGCCAAUGCUUACUACACCAGCCUGCCUAGUCAAGCUUCCUCCUCCAACACUAGAGCAUUUGAGGCAGCAAUUCAGAGUAUGAUUAGCCAGGGUAGAGUUGUUCCAGAUCCGGUUUGUAUCUCAGCUGCUAGAGCUUUCUGGCAGGCAUACAAUGCCGGAUCCACUGAGAGUGAUGCUACUCUUGCUGCUGCUGAAGAGUUUGUGACCAGGUUUUCUGCUGGAGAUCAGAUUCCUGCUUCUUCUCCAUGUCUUGCUGCUACCAAAGCAUACACGAAGGAACAAUCUCAUCUGCAAAGUCAAGGAAAUGCAGUAGCUAUGCUUGCCUUUAUUGAUGCCCUUGAAAAGGAUAACAGUCAGGCAUCUGAUAAAGCUUGUGCCUCUGCUAGUCAAGCCUUCUUCCAAACCUACAGAGCUGGUAAAAAUGAGCUUGAAGCCACCACCAAUGCAGCUCUGGCAUUCAUAGAAACUGUGAAAGCUGGAGCCCAGAUCUCUCCACGAUCCCCUUGCAUGGCAGCUGCCCAAGCCUAUUCAUCAUCAAACAAGAGGGUUCCUAGCACUUCAAACUCUGCUGCUAUGUUGGCAUUUUUACAAGAAGCAGCAACCACAGGUGAAUCUAUUGACUCUGUGUGCCUAGUAUCUGCAGAAGCUUUCUUAAAAGCUACUCUAGCUGGUGCUACUGAAGAGAAAGCUGGUGAUCUGGCAGGGAUAGCGUAUCUUGAUGCUGUUGCAACAACACCCAACUUUAGCCCCAACAGUCCUUGUGGUAAAGCUGCUAGAGCUUAUAUGAAUGAUUUCCAGUGAUGGAUUUCAGAAAUCAAGUAAAUGUUCUAGUAUUUCAACAAAUAAUUAGCUACACAUACUUUUUAUGUGAUUGAAUAUGUUUUAUGAAUUAAAAUAAAUCACUGAAA